AAGAUGGUAUGGACGAUGAACGUGUCGUGUCGCGAAUGGUCGCCCACCCGCGAUUCCGCCUGUUAAAUGUGCUGGGGAUGGUGGGAUGAUGGGAUGAGAGCUCCGAGGAGUGUCGAUGCCAUGGAAAUGGAGGCGGCGUCGGGGCUGAGGAACCGGUACUGGGUCUUGCGGCACGGCAAGAGCGUCUCAAACGAGAGGGGCCUCGUCGUUUCCUCGCUGGAAAACGGCACGCUUCCGGAGUAUGCACUGGCCUCGGACGGUGUCGAUCAGGCGCGAAUGGCCGGCGAGCUGUUUCUCCAGGCACUGAAAGAAAACAACAUACCGCUAGAGAAUGUCCGUAUUUGUUACUCACCAUUUGCGAGAACCAGCCACACCGCCAGAGUUGUUGCGUCGGUUCUGAAUAUUCCAUUUGAGGGUCCUCAAUGCAAGGUGGUGGUGGAUCUUCGGGAACGUUAUUUCGGUCCUUCAUUUGAGCUCAAGUCACAUGAUAAAUACACUGAAAUAUGGGCGCUCGAUGAGAAAGAUCCAUUUCAGAGGCCAGAAGGCGGAGAAUGUGUCGAUGAUGUCGCUUCCAGACUUGCAAAAGCUAUGGUUAAUAUUGAGACGAAAUUUCAAGGAUGCGCUGUAUUGAUCGUUAGCCAUGGCGAUCCACUGCAGAUUUUGCAGACAAUAGUUUGUGCAGCUAAACAAGAAAUUCCAAACAAUAACGAGUUUUCAUCAAGCAUACAAGCAACCAGAACCUUUGCGGUCUUGUCACAACACCGAAAGUUUGCCUUGCUUACCGGAGAACUCAGGGCACUCGCAUAGUUUUGGGCCUUUUGCCUAAGUUUAUCUGCCUGUCGAUUCAGCCAACUUGCAUCUCUGGACUAGAUUCUGAUAAAUUCAUUGACAUUUUUCAUUGACAGUGUCAAGAAUAAUUAUGAAUACAUUUUUGCUA